AUGACUGAUAUGGAAGCCAAUUUGUACAAAUUCUUCUUGGACCUCCCAGAGUGGCCAGAAUCUUGCUCUACAGUUCCUAGCUCAACUGCUUAUGGCAUAAAAGAAGCUUUGCAACUGAUUUAUGGCGAUCGAAUUCAUAUAAUAGGCCCUGAUAUUUCAAAUGGAAAAUCUCCCGCCUUCGAAGAUGAAACAUCAGGUGUCUUAUUUUAUAUCUCAGCUAUAAGUCAAUCACUUGAGAGCGAUAGAUUUGCUCUUCUAAAGCCGCUUGUUACAUUUUGAGAAUCAAAAAUCCUCAGCCAAGUUUCAGAAUCAAAUUCAUUAUGGCAGAUGAUGGUGAUUCUUCCAAAAAAUCACACACUUAUUCAUGGAGAUGUUCUCGAAAGAGCUUCAGAAACUGUAUUUUUAAUAGACUCUUUCGGGUUAGGUUUGCAAAUACCGAAACUUAUGAAAUAUUUGAUACAAAAAGAAAUCAAGAUUAGGAAUUCUGGAGAGAAUGGCCCUACCUUGAAAUUUGGAGGCUUCUUUCCUAAUGUAAAUAUUGAAGAAAUAAGUCUUAAGCUUCAUGAGCAUCCUCAUGAAAGCGGAUUAUGGUCUGUUUUCAACGCAAUUAUGCUGAUCUCAAGCGGAAGCACGGAGUUUUUAGAGCCCUUUCGUGGUUUUUGCCCAUCCUUUAGUUUAAAGCUGAGAGAUAUUCUAGGUGUGCAUAGCAUCGAAUUAGACAAGAGUCCAAAUGUCCCUCUUCCUCAGCCGAAUUAUAGCUCAAAUGAGAUUGAAAUUGUAAAUAAGGAAAUCAUUUGUGCAUUGAUUGAUGAAAUCUCAGCCUGGGAAGCGCUUGAAAAAGAAAUGGAAUUCAUCCAAAAAAAUUUAAUAAUCCACCAACUUUGCACUCUUUGAGAGUAUAAGCAAUCAGAUUUAUGAGGAGAGGCGAUAAAUUUGAUUAGAACAAUAAAAAAUAAAGGCUCUUCAUGAUAUCUUAAAUUUAAAAUUGAUGAUACAUUUACUACACCACAUCGCCUACCGCAAAUUAAAAGUUUAACACCUCAAACAAAUCAAGCAAUCAUGAGGGCUAGAUCUGGUGGGAAAUGGUUUACUGAUUCCGGUAGCUUUAAAAAGGCAGUUAGGAAUAAAGAUGGCUAUAUUGAUAAAUCAUUACUCAUCAAAGAAAUUUUAGAUAAUGGUCAUACCAAUAUAUUAAUCUUCCGUCCGCAAAAAUGGGGGAAAACUCUAAAUAUAAACAUGCUAAAAACUUUUUUCCAUCCAAGAAAGGAUGCUUCUGGGAAUUUUAAAAAUUUGUACUUGUUCACUGGUGGAAAAGAUAACAUUUAUGUUGAUAACCUGGACAAAACAAAAUGUUUAAAAAUAAUAACUGAAAAAAAUGGUUAUUAUUACAAAAACUAUGCUGGGAAAAUUCCAACAAUUUUAUUAAGAUUUUCCAAUAUAAGAAAAAUAUUUGAAAAUGAGUCUGUAGAGGAAUAUUACCAGAGUGCAGUUUUAGAUAUAAUCAAAGACGCAUACUUGGAAUAUCACCAACAGUAUCGGGAAUCCUUGGACCAAGUUAUCAAAAAUUAUCUUUCAGAAAAUCCAGAUGUAGUAAUAAAUUAUAAAAAUAAAAGCAUAAAAGUUCUUGAAAAUAUUAUUGACACAUAA